AUGAACUCGAGUUCAUAUACAAGCAACAUGUCCGUGGCUGUGGAGGGAGAUUUCUUCUCUCAGGCAUGGACUUUCCUCGUGUCCGCCCGCCUCGAGCUGACCUUGUUCCUGGCAGCUCUACUGGCUCAUUUCUUGCUGUUUGGCAACUCCACUCCCCAGAAGACGAAGCACAAAAGCGGCAAGGAGGCUUUCCCGACCACGGCGCAGCAAUUUGCCUCCGCCAAGGACGUAGAGUCUGCAUUGGCAGAAGCCGCUCGUGGCAAUCAACCGAAGCAGGUUCUGACUUGCUGGGCUGCCAUGAAGAAGUUCAAUGACUAUUCGAUUGCCGUGCCGCUGGCAAGCGUCGUUGAAGCUAUGCAGAAGUGCAAGAAGGAUGGAGAUUACAUCUUGAGAGAGGUGUGCAACUUCCUGAACCGUAAGGGAGGUUCAAGCAGCAGCACGCUGAUCAACGACUUGUUGGAAUCCUUGGCUAAGCGUCUCGAUUCCGACUUGGUCGAGCGGCUCCUUGCGGCGCUGCCCUCGACAGGCUUUGUGUUGGACAGCCGCAGCUACGAGAUCCUCGUAAACAUGCACUUCACGCUGCGGAACUUCGAGAUGGUGGAUCUGCUGGUCGCGCAGGCAAAGGCCGCCAAGGUCCCUUUGACGACGCGAGCCUCCAUCGUGCUCAUCAAGACGGCGCUGAAGACGCAGAACUUCAAGGAUGCCUUGAGCACCUUCCGCGAGCUCAAGUCCCUCUGGACAGGCCCGGCCGCGGCGGGACCCUCCACGGCCCCACGCCAGAUCGUUGGUCACCUCGUCGACAUGGCUUGCAAGGAGCAUGAGCUGAAGCUGUUUCUCCCCGAGCUUGCGACAGUGCCUUUGUCGGAGGAUGCCAUUCAGGCCAUGGUCACCGAAGCCGUGCGAGAGAAGGAUGAGGAGCUCCUGCAGCAGGUCGAAUCUCUUGCACGAGAGAAGGACAUCGCAUUUUCCGAGUCGACAUACGGCCUGCUCAUGAAGGGAUACCGAGAUCACGACAGCAAAGUCGAGAAGCUUUUCCAAGAGGCCGUGGCCAAGAAGCCAGACGCAGGACCCGACUUGUGCCUGGCACUGUUGGCAUGCUGCCAGCAGUCGCGAAAUUUUGCUCUCGCUGACCAGGCGUACAAGCACUUCUCUGAGAACAUGCCGGCGGCAGUCUUGGCUGCUUUCCUUCGCUUCCACUUCGAGGUCGAGAACUACGAGAGGGUCUGUGACAUGUAUGAGAAGGAUGCCGCCCCGCUGCGCGAGAAGGCAGCGGCUGAAGGCAGAGCCAUCCUUGACUCUCGCGUCGAGCGAUGCGUCAUGAACGCCGCCCUGAAGUGCGGGCGCAGCAAGCUGGCACAAUCCCUCCUCUCCGAGAAUCCGUUGGAUGUUGCCAAGCACAUCACGAUGAUUCGCAGCUGUGCUGUCGAGCAGAACCUGGAAGGAGCGAUGAACGUCUUUCAGUCCCUGAAGAGCAGCGGAGCUGAGCUCAACAGCGUCGUUUACAACACUGUGCUGGAUGCCUGCGUGGAAUGCUCGAAGUUGGAGAAGGCUGAGGCAUGGAUGGAGCAGAUGAAGAAAGACGGCAUGUCUGACGUCGUCAGCUACAACACCCUCAUCAAAGCCCACCUCCAGGCCGGGCAUAUGGGAAAGGCCCGAGCGCUGGUUGAAGAGAUGAGGGUUGCGCAGCUGCAGCCGAACUGCAUCACUUUCAACGAAAUUGUCAACGCCACCGUUUCCAGCCCUGACCGGAGGGUGCGGGCUGAGGUUUGGAAGGUCAUCCAGGAGAUGCAGGCUGCGGGUGUGAAGCCCAAUCAGGUCACUUGCUCGAUUCUGCUGAAGAACCUCAACGGCUCCUCGCCGGAGUCCGACAUCAACCACACGAUGCAGCUGAUCAAUGACAUGGAGGAGCAGCUCGACGAGGUCCUGCUCUCCUCGGUGGUGGAGGCCUGCGUGCGCAUCGGGAAGCCGGACCUCCUGAACACCAAGUUGAGGCAGCUCAUGUCGGGUGACAUCAAAGUCAAUGGCUCCCACACCUUCGGCAGCUUGAUCAAGGCAUACGGGCAUGCCAGAGACAUGAAGUCGGUCUGGCGCUGCUGGAAGGAGAUGCGCACGCGCCACAUCAAGCCCACCAGCAUCACCGUCGGCUGCAUGAUCGAGGCCGUGGUGUCGAACGGGGACCCAGAUGGAGCGUGGCAUCUCAUCCAAGAGCUGGGCGAGGAUCCCCAUUGCAAGGGCAUUCUCAACGCGGUGAUCUACUGCUCCGUGUUGAAGGGCUUCACCCGCGAGAAGAAUGCCGGGAAAGUCUGGUCCGUUUACGAGGAAAUGCAGAAGCGCAGUAUUGAUCUUUCGAUCGUCACCUACAACACGCUUCUUGACUGCUGCGCCCGCUGCUGCCGCAUGGAUGGCGUGCCGGACAUUCUGGCUGACAUGAAGAAGGCCAACAUCAAGCCGAACAUCAUCACCUACAGCACCAUGCUGAAAGGUCAUUGCCAAGUCGGCGACCUCUCCGCAGCCUUUAAGCUUGUCAAGGAGAUGAGGGAAGAGGCUGGAUUGGUGCCGGAUGAGAUCAUGUACAACUCGCUCCUGGAUGGCUGCGCCCAAAGCAGUCUGGUAGACGAGGGCUUGCGAGUGCUGAAGGAGAUGGAGGAAGCCGGCGUGAAACCGAGCAACUUCACCCUUUCUGUCCUGGUCAAGCUGAUGAGCCGUGCCCGUCGUGUGGACCAAGCUUUUGAGCUCGUCAAGGAGUUGUCGGGCAAGUACCACCUCAGCCCGAACUCCCAUGUCUAUGCCAAUCUCGUCCAGGCAUGCUGCUUCAGCAAGCAGCUGCAGAGGGGCAUCAGGACUCUGGAAGAGAUGAUGGAGCGCAAGGUCCAGCCGGACAAGAGGACUUACUCCAUGCUGUUCAGAACAGCUGUGCAGCAGUGCCAAUUCGACAAGGUCGACGGCUUGAUGCGGGGUGCUCUGGGCCUUUCCGGAGCUCUGCCCUUCCUCUCAAACCGCUCGCUGGCCACCUGCCCAGGCAUCGAAGAAGUCGCCAUCUCGGAGACCCUGUCGUCCAUGGCGAGCUCUCCCGAAGGGAACAAGGUAGCCGCCGGACUGCUCGUCGACCUCCGGAAGGAGAAGCCCAGUGUCUGGGUCGACCCUACCGUGCAGCGCUGCGUUCUGCAAGGUGGACAGCCCCCACAAUCGUGGACGCAGGAGCGUAGAUCCUCCAAGGGGAAAGGUCGGGCCCUCGUCCUGUUGUAG